GCAUGUGGAUCUUGCUCAGGGCCCAGUGGUGCUGCUAGAAGCCCCGUGUGUCGGAGGGGAAAACAGGUGAGCGGCCCGGCUGGAAGAUCGGUGGAGCAUCAUGCCGGUGGAGACGCUCCAGGCCAGCCACAGAAUGAAAAGCGUCUCGGCCACGACCGCGCCGUUCACUUCGGCCAUGCCCUUCCGGAUCCUGAACAAGGGGCCGGAGUACUUCCGACGGCAAGCGGCCGGCGCGGCUGCCAAGAAGCCGAGCGCGGUGGAGAGGCUGGAGGCGGAUAAAGCCAAAUAUGUCAAGAGCCAGCAAGUGGCCACCACCAAGCAAGAGCCGGUGAGGCCUCUGUUCCUUAAGCAGCCCCUCUUCACCCCUGGAGUCAGGAGGGUGAUGCUCACCCCGAGCCGGAAAACCCCGCAGGGGGGGCGCCGAGCCGAGGUCUGCGGGGCCAAGACCUCUCUGAAUUUGGAGAUCCUUAAUAACCUGAUCAACUUUUGCGACAGCCCUCUUUCUUUCCCGAAAGGCGAGAAGAGCCCAGCGGAGCACCCGUGGGUGUCCGACGCUCACGGCCGAAGCCCGGGGGGGCUGGCGUCCACCCCACGGAAGAAGAAAGGGGACCUGUCCGAAGGCAUGAGUAAGUUGUCCCAAAGCUCUGCCUCUUCCAAGCCGCCCAGCACCGUCGCUGUGCGCCGAGUGGACGUCCGGCCGUGCGGGGUGCUGAAGGCGAGAGUCACCCCCAGCAUCCAGCUGACCCCGGUGCCCACCUCCCCCGGCCACACCCGGAUCCUCUCCGCCAGCCCCUUGAACUCCCCGAGCCCCUGCAGCGAGCUGAGGACAGAGAGCGCCAAGCGCCAGACCUUCCUGCACCGCUCCAAAUCCGACCUCAGCGACCGGUAUUCUCGGGCCACGGCCGAUCUGGAGCGUUUCUUCAACUACUGCGGCCUGGACCCCGAAGACGUAGGGGACAUGGAGGUGGAGCGGUUCACCCGAGCCAGCUCGGACAUCGUCUCCAUCAAGUUCCAUAGCGUCAGCACGGCCAGCUCGGAGGGGACCCGGUCUCGGCGCAGCGCCGUCACCCUGGAGGAGAGGCAAGCCGAGCGCAUGCCUUAUGGCAUCUCCAUCGUGGAGCGUAAUGCCCGGGUCAUCAAGUGGCUGUAUGGGCUACGGCAAGCCAGAGAGUCUCAGAGGGUGUCCAACGUAUAGCAACGCCGCUGUGGUGGGCAGUGGCAGAGAGGGAAGCAAAAAAGGAAGAAAGGAGGACAUUUUCUGGUGGUUUCUAUGUACGUUUUGCUAUUUCCAGUUGGAGGAGAAGGUUGGAAGCUGUUGCAUGGUGUGUGUUUUUGUAUGUGCCCCUUUGAGAACCAUCCUGUGUUUUUUUUUUCUUCCUGGUGGGAGACUAAUUCUGAUGACCCGUCUUCAGCCUUAAAUCCAUGGGGUUCCUCCCGUAAUUUAGGUCAAAGAUCCGCUUGCAGAAAAGAAGAGUACGUAGCCGCCUUCUUGUCUAAGACAACUGCAGGGUGCAAACGGGUCCACAGGUAAUUCCCUCCUCCUCUUUCCUGGAAGGGUUGGUCUAAAACAGCAUCCCCCCAUUUUGGAACUCUCUAGGUAUGGCGGGCGACGACUCCUCCGAUGGAGAGGGUCGGAGUUUUAAACCCAGCCUAUCCGGCAGGUGCCAGCUUGGGAGAUUCUCCUCUAGAGUAAGCGGGAUCCGACCCCAAUCGAUAGGCCCCCAUAGUAGGGCACUGUUUAGCUGGUUCAAGGGAUGAUGGUGCAAACCUGUGAGAGUAUUCCCAAGCCGACAUGAGGGUGGAAAAACUCGAGGAACACCCGAGCUUUAUUGCUGGCAACCGUCAGAUUUCCAAAGCAAUUCAGCUGUUGGCCGGAAGCUUCUGCCCUUGGCAGCUGAAUCACUCUCUGCGUGCACGCUACCUCCUGUGAACCACAGUGCAGGGGGAAGCGUUGGCAGAAGCCAGCCCUGAGGUUGGUAACAAAGGGAGUCGGAUGGCAGAGAGCCAUACAAAUCCUGGGUCUAUUGUGAGGCGGGCAAAGAAUGCGUCCAGCUUUUGUGCAGCUGGGAAACACCUCCGUGGUUUGAUUCCUAGAGAAUCGUGAAGCACCGAGGUGCCGUUUUGGUCUCCCAGACAGGUUUUUAUUAUUAUUACAGUAUUUUCCCGUAGCAGAAGCAAACCUGGGGAGGGCAGAAGGAUCUGGCCCCAAACUGUCAAAUGCUGAGUGCCAAGUAUGGCAGAAGGGAAAAGGCUGGGGUUUGGGAAUUUUUCCUUUUUGUUUUGUUUGUUUUGCAAGCAGGUUUUCUCUCGUGUUGUGCUUAUUGGCCAUCUUUUGUGGGGGAAUUUUUCCCAGCCUUCCAGGGUGGAUGAGGUCCCCUCCCCACCCCAGACUGGAAACCACCUUGUCUGCCGGCGCUUGCGGGUUCCCGGCAUAUUGCACAAGGUCGGUCUCCCCGUUUGGGCUCCUUUGUUUUCAGCGCUUACCACGUGAGCCCUGAAUUGGUGGGGCGUGUCGUGGAGAGAACAAGCGUUUGUGGGCAAACAAGGUUUGUAAAAGUAUUUGCAACUCCUUCACUACCCCACGCCUUUGUUGGCCCCUGUCUUGCUAAAACUUUGGUGGUGGUUAUUCAGGGCUUUUGGGGUGGGGUGGGGGGGGAAGCCCUGUUUUUUUGGAUCUCAAGUCCCAGAAUUCUAUAGUCAGUAAAUCCAAAAACCAACUUUCUCAAGAUCUGGUUUCAUAUAUUUAAAAAACAAACAAAACCCAAUGACAGCAACGGGGAGGCAGAUGUGAAGGCAGUGGUUGAUUCAAAUGAAAACAGCCACACCCCUGUAUUAUUUAGGGAAAUCAAAGUUGCUCGGAGGCUGGCCUUAGUCCCUAAUAGUUCUCAUGGAAGUAAGGUCUUGCCCUCCAGGCUGCAAAGGAGAGAUGGGGUGUCAUGAUGCCACCCCCCGCCUCAUUUUGAAGUCACACCCCUGAUUAAAAAGACACACCUGCCUUACCUGCUCUUUGGAUUCUUCUCCAAGGUUCAGAGUCUUCCUCCGUCUCCCUUUCUUCCCUUGACUUCUUUAUGCCACCUUGGAUGAUCUUGAGGUUAGCAGGCAGUUUUUCCCCUUCCGGAGAGUUGCAAGGGCUUGGCGGAGGGGGAGAAACUGCACCUGGAAGCUGGUAGAGUCUCGAGUUUUGCUCUCAGUAUCUCCUUCGGCAAUGGGCUGUCCUGUCAAAAGGGAAGGAAGCACAGCAGGCCUGUUUCCAGCAAUCAUCCCCUCUUGGUUGGAAGGAGAAGGGAAGGCUGGAGGGAAACUGGGGAGACGUGGCAGGCAAAACAGGUGCCAUUUGUUGACCAAGGUUCAGUUUAGAAGGUCCCCAGUGGUGGUAAAUUUGUAUAGGUUUGGGAUAGCCGGACAGAAUUUUACUUAGGUGUUUAGCCAUGCAGGCAUCCUUUUAUCUCUCUGGGGCAACUGAAAGA